ACGCCAGCUGGCGGUACAGUUCGUAGUUACGCUUUGCAAUUGUCGCGAUCGUGUUUGUCAUCGCGAGCCCCGAGCGUGCACGCGUCCCGUCGAAAUCUCCGUUUUCCGUUCAUCUUCGUCAUCUCCGCGUCAAGUCACGGUCACGCUCGACGCGAUCUCCUCGCCGCCGAGUUUUUCUCCUCGCGAUCUCUCCGCGCGCGGCUCGCGACGAUCGUCGUGCGAUCGUGGUGCGACCGAAGCAAGAUGGCCGCCGCCGCGGCCGCCGCGUUGCUCGAUGAGCUCAUGGGCAGAAACAGAAACGUUUUGCCCAACGAGAAGCCCAAAGAGCUCAACUGGGAGGACCCCGAGUUUUGCAAGCUGUAUUUGGUAAAGUUCUGUCCUCAUGAUCUAUUUGUUAAUACGAGAGCAGACUUGGGCGCAUGUCCCAAGGUGCACGACGAUGAAGCUAGGGAAUUGUUCGAAAAGGCUCCGUAUUCGUACCGUAAGCAGCAAUACGAGGACGAAUUUAUUAGGUACUGUCAAAGUAUGUUGAACGAAGUGGAGCGAAAAAUCAUCAAGGGAAAGCAACGAUUGGCACUGAUUGGAAGAACAGAAGCGCCGACGUUAACCCCGGCGCAAACGCAAAGGAACGAGGAGCAGAUUGCUUUGUUGACAGAGAAGAUAAAUAAAUUAGUGGAAGAGGCCGAACAGAGUGGAAUUCGAGGUAAUGUGGAGGAAGCGCAGGGCCUAAUGCGUCUUUGCGACCAAUUAAAGGACGAGCGCGAAACCCUAAGGAAAUCCAACGACAAUAGUCACUACAAUCAAACUGCUGAACUAGCGGCCGCGCAGGAGAAACAGAUGGAAGUGUGCGACGUAUGCGGCGCGUUCCUCAUCGUAGGCGACGCCCAGCAACGGAUCGACGAUCAUUUAAUGGGAAAACAGCAUGUGGGUUAUGCAAGAUUGAAGAGCGCUCUUCAAGAAAUUAUGAACAAACGCGAAAAAGCGCGGGACGAAAAGGAGCAGAGAAGGGAGGAAGAGCGGAAACAAAGAGCGCGAGCGAAUGAAGAGCUUGACAGGCGGCGGAGAGAUGGUGACAGAGAUAGAGAUCGCGACAGAGAUAGGGACAAACGUCGAAGCAGGCGAAUGGACGAUGAUAAAAAUCGUCACGACUCUAGCAGUCACAGAAAUUCUGGACACAGAAGUAGAAGUAGAUCGCGAGAAAGACAUCAUCGGGACGAAGAUAAUUAUCGACGUCAUAGUCGAGAUAAAGCGAUGAUUAUAGGAAAUCGGGAUCAUCGGAGUUCCAGCCAUCAGAAUCGUCGCCGACACCGCUCGCGAAGCCGAAGUCACAAGUAACUUCUCUUGAUUGGUUAGUGAGUGAGAAAUGAGCCAGGUAUGCACUAAACAAUAUAACCAUAUUCGUCUCAAUUACUGUACAGGUACUAUCUCGAUCCAGGUGAGUUGCCAUUCCGAUGCACAUAAUACAUAUACAUGAUAAUAUAAUCUGUGAUGUUUGAAGCACCGCGUAAGAGUCACAGCAAGUGUUCAUUUCACACUCUUUCUCUCUCUCUCUUUCUCCGUGAAACAAACAUCUUUCUUCCCCUCUCUCUGAUUUUCUGCUAGAAUAGUCGAACGUUAUAAAACUAUUUGCCAUAUUCUUUCAUUAUCUUUAAGAUCAGAAUUCGAAUAGUGGUGAAUGAAUAUUGGAUAAUAGCAAUCGAAAAAUAAUAGGUACACUUAUCACUGUGCAAUGCCUCUGCAAAGACACAAAAGGUUACAACAAUUAAUAAUUUACAAUAAUUAAUAAUUUAAUGAUUAAUUUUUUAAUCGAGAAAAUUGAAUUUACAUUUGUUCGCUUAGUCAUAUAAAAAUUUCUUUAAUUAAUCUCAUGUCUCAUGUCAGACGAUCGCGCAAUUUUUUUAUGAUUGAUAAUUAAUAUCAAUCAUGCUAUUAUCGCAAUUUUGUCUCGAAAAGAAUUAAGAUUUCAAAAUAAAUCUAAAUUCAAUUUCCUCGACUCUAUAAAUCUUAAUUUCCUAAAAAACAGCAAUAAUUAAGAAAUUUUGAAACAAUCUAAAGAAUAUUGCAUAGAACUUGGAGAAAGAGAAAAUUGGAUUUAUUUUUUCAACUUUAAUUUUUUUGCAUUAAAUAAAAAAGGAAUCAAUAGAAAAUGUGAAAAAUUCUUUAAUCGCGUCAUGCAGAAAUCAAAUUUGCCUUCUAUAUGUAAUUCCGAUUAUUUUCUGUGGAGCAAGCUGGGAGAAGGUAUAUCCUAUGGCUUGCUUUCGUCGAUCAUAAUUCUGUAUUCGAAGAAAAACGGCAGAAGAGCGUAAGUCCAAGAACUCGUUUUUUUCCAGGAGAAGCCCGCAAAGAUUCCGGAAUUGUGGAUGCGCGCAUAUUCAAGAUGAAUUAAAUAUAAGUGUGAAUAAAUGCAAUCAGGUUGACUCAUCUAAGAUGACAUAUAUACAUAAAAUCAAAUUCGAGAACUUUCCUCUUUCGGAAACGUUUCGGGGCGUUUUCCGUUAAGUACUCAUGAAAGGAAACGUCACACGUAUUUCCGUUAUAUGAAAAAAAAACAAAGCCGAUAGAAUUGGACUUACUCCCUUCCGCAUCUCUGGUACAGAAUUGUCUUCGUUGAAAAAAAAUGUUAAAGUUUGCGCGAUAAGAGAGAAGGGGAAGGGAAGGGAGAGAGAGAGAAAAGAGAAGAAAUUUAGCGCCGUGGGGGGGACACAGUUCUCUCUUAGUGCCCGCUUCAUAGAGCUUCGUCCACUACUGCGAAUGCAGUUGGAGCGCGCACAACUGCGAGUACGCCCUGCAAACGUGUGUGACUGUGACUAUACGAACCUCUAGCUUCCAUGUGCCACGCAAUUGACGAGGUAUUUAUGCCGGAAUG